GGUGAACUGCAGCAGCGAGCGGCCGCUUCCGUGCUGCGGCUUUGCAGUUCUUCUGAGCAGCCUCGGAAGCAGCGAGGGCUCUGCACAGGGGAAGUGCACUUGAGAGCGUGGAGUGCUUGCUCUGGCUGCUGCCUGAGGUCCCGGAACCUCAGCCCAGAAUUGCUUAGAAAAAGCGCCGCAUGCCCUGGCUUAUCCAGGAUUUUGCAACAUUUAGCCAGACAGAGAAGGGCUGGAUUUCUUUCGCAAGGUGUGAAAGUAAAGAGCUGGAUGUUGAAAUAAGGAACCUGAUAGGGAAGAGCAACACUUUUGAGUCGUGUGAGGACCCCAGGCCUCUUGCCCAAGAGAGGCUGAACCCUCAGAGAACUUCAUGUUCCCUUAAGACCCACAGCAAAGGAAACGCUCCAGGCCAGCUUGGAUACACCUGGGCAGGUGGAAGUGACAUGGAAGCUCCAGCAGAACCACUGGAAUCAAGGCACACAUUACUGAGCAAAAAGAAGCCUUUAUCAUCCAAUUCUCUGGAGCAACAGAUCCUCACACUGGAAAGACAGAGACGAGAGCUUCUGGAGGUGAACAAGCAAUGGGAUCAUCAAUUUAGAAGCAUGAAACAGCUUUAUGAAAAGCAGGUAACAAUGCUGACAACUUCUGUGUGCCACCUGCUGACAGUUGAAUCUGUGUUUAAAUGUCAGCCAGCCAUAGCCAUGCUGACAGAGAUGAAGGCAAAGCUGGACGUGUCGGAGAGGAGAGUGAGCGAGCUGGAGCAGGAGAGACACUGGCAGCGUCCAGAGGAGGACAGGUGGCGAGCUCUGGGCAGAGAGAGGCUGCUGCAGGAAAAGAAAGAUACAGAGGUCCUCAGUGAAGCUCUCCAUGAAAUGAAGGAAGAGAACAGGCUCCUGAAGCAGAAGAACGCUUCAAUGACCAGAAAGAAGGAACACUAUGAGAGUGAAAUAAGUCGCCUCAACAAGGCCCUUCUGGAUGCGUUGAAAAAGCAGCACCCACCCGUUGUCGGGACUCCUCCAGGGAAGGGUGACAGGAACAGCAUCGAGGAGAUGAGAACCCAACUUGAAGUUCUUAAACAGCAGGUCCAAAUAUACGAGGAAGACUUCAGAAAGGAGAGAUCUGACCGAGAGAGGCUUAAUGAGGAGAAAGAAGCAUUGCAGAAAAUUAAUGAGAGAUUACAAUCUCAACUGAGUAAACUCAGCUCUCAGACAAAAGACCUCCCAGUACAGCCUGCGAGGCCCAGUUACCCAGCUCCACUCUUCCUCUCUCCCUGUGUCAGUUAUGGGGGUUGUGGGAUGGUUCUUCACUAUCCGGACCCUCGGGUGCAUCCAGUGCCUCACAGGACACAGAAGCAGCAGGAGCAGUGCUUGCCAGACUAUCAGUGGUAUGUUCCUGACCAGCUUCCGCCAGAUGCGCAGCACAAGGCAAAUGGUUCCUCCCAGGAGAAGGGAGGCCAUCGCUGACAGCCUCCAGCCUGGAGAAGCGUAAACCAAAGGCUGCAAGGCAAGGAACUCUUGCAGCUUCAUGAUUCUGUUUUCUUCUGAGGUUUUUUUUUUUUUUUUGCCCCUAGCUCCUUAUCUCUUCAGUGCAUGUGAUUUAUGUCUGGUAAAAUCCCUGAGAGGACAACAGAAAAGCAGCUCAUACAGGCUGGUGAUCCUCAGGAUCCAGUUAAACUCUGCUGGAAAGCGUUACUGCCCUUUGUUCUGAAGAUGCUGUUAGUGCUGCCUUGAGAGAAUCUCUUUAAAAGCCUGACGAGAAGAGAUGCAGCUCUUGCUGGGGAUUCAGAGUGUCAUAUCUGGUUUGAAUUCAAGAAUUCACAAUAUUGGUGUGAUUUUGUUGUUGUUUGGGAAUUAUGAGGGCUUUUAUUUGAUUCCAGGGAAUGAUUUGUUGACAUCGCCUUGAAUUCUCUCCUAUCCUCUCCUUCUUGGCUGGUACUAAGGAAAUCUGCUUCACUGUUUAAACCCAUUUGUGUAACUGUAAUCAGGAUACCACCAAUGCCAGGCCAGGUGGAAGGUGUCCACUUCCCCUUUUUGUGUCUGGGUUACAUCUCCUUUUGUUUUGGCUCUAGAAUUACAUGUAAAACAUAGUCACUGAGGCUUUUUUUUCUGUGUGUACUUAUUUGUAUUGCAAGAAUUUUAGUAGAAAUACUGAAUGGGUUUAACUUCUCAGUGAAUAUGGCUUUAUAUUUCCAAAUUAUUUUUGUAAUGAAU